ACGUGCGCGCUCCUGGCAUCGCGUGGUGGAGCAGAGCGACCAUAUUGCUGCUAGCGGCUGAGGAAGGCUUGUUGUCCCCCUCGAGACAUCUCCGGACGCGGAUUUAGCCAUUUUUAUUCCUAUGUUUUAACCCAGCGCGGACCUCCCUGCGUCUUAGACUGAAAACAUUUUAGUCUGAGAGCGACAGAGGAGCGACACGCUUCACUUUUUUUCCCCCCCGAGAAACCUACUCGGUCACGGGGAGGGGAAGGUGGACUGGUAAUCCCGAAGCGGCGGCGGCGGCGUUGGCGGGGGGGUGGGAGGAAGGAAAGGAAGACGCUGGUUGGGGGUGGGGGGGAAAUGGCCGCUCAGGUGGAGGCUCUCCUGCCGGGCAACCCGCUCCUUAAAGCCGAGGAGCACGGCAAGGUAAUCCGCGGCGAGCCGGGGGAGGACGUCGCCGGGCUGGAGCGAGGGAGCCGCGAUCCGGAGGCGGGCGAGGGGGGCUCUGACAGCGAGGCCCGGCCGGGCGAGGACAGCGCGGAAGGCAGCAAGGAGUUUACCGAGGCCCCCCCGCCCAAGGUGAACCCGUGGACGAGGAAGAUGAACGCGGUGACGGUGGUCAGCGUGAACGGACAAGCACAUCACGAGUCAAUUGGUCCCGCCAAGGUGGUGAGAGCUGGCAACCCACCCAAGCCCAGGCGUGGGGGAAAGGUUGGGGACUUUGGCGACGCCAACAGCUGGCCCACUCCGGGGGAGAUUGCAACGAAAGACAUUCAGAUCGAGGCAGUGACACGGACCGUGUCCUGCCCGCCGACUGUCAGGCAGGUCAAAGACUCGUGGAGAUCCCCUGUCCACAAGAGGAUGUCCACCAGGAAGGAGACCAAGGAGAAAAGGGAGAGCAACGAGGAGAGCAAGGAGAACCUGAAGGCCAAGUCGGACGACUCGGGAGAGGAGAAAAACGGCGACGACGACUCCCAGAAGAACGGGCAGAAGAAGAAAGCAAACAAACAAAAGUGGGUUCCCCUGAUGAUCGAAGUCAAGUCCGAGGGUCCCCGGGAGCGCUCGGCCUCCAGGAACAACAGCAGGCAGAAUGAAAACCCUCGCCUGCCUCCCAACGCCAGAAACGACCUCCGAGACUGGCACAGUCAGAAGUACGAGCGAGAGUGGCGUGACGACCACGACGAGGUCUCAAGCGUGAAGAGCGAGGGCGCGCCGUUUCGCGGCGGCUUCAGGGGUCGUGGACGCGGCAGAGGGCGAGGCCGGGGACGAGGCCGAGGUAGAGGCCACUACGACUACCACCAAGGCUACAAGUCCUACGACAUGAAAGACGGACCUUACGGACAGAAGGCGGGCAACUCUGUGACGUACUACUACGACAACAUGAGCAGCAGCGACCUGUACUCUGUGGACCAGGACCUGCUGAAGGACUACAUCAAGCGGCAGAUCGAGUACUACUUCAGCCUGGACAACCUGGAGCGGGACUUCUUCCUACGCAGGAAGAUGGACGAUGAAGGCUUCCUGCCUAUCGGACUCAUUGCCAGCUUCCACAGAGUGCAGGCCCUCACCACCGACCUCAACCUCAUUCUGGAAGCUCUGAAGGACAGCAAAGUAGUGGAGCUGAUCGACAUGAAGAUCCGACGCAAGGUGGAGCCGGAGAAGUGGCCCCUCCCAGGACUGACUGUGCCAAACCACACCGAUUUUUCUCAACUCAUAAACUGCCCGGAAUUUGUGCCCAGACAGGUCACGGAAGAGCCCAGAGGUUCUCCCAGGGCCUCGACGCUCAUGAAGCCUACACUCAAACACGACUCUGACACGCCUUCCAACCUUAAGACGAUGCCCAAGGGCCUCUCCGCCAGCCUACCUGAUCUGGACUCCGAGUCUUGGAUAGAGGUCAAAAAGAGGCCCAGACCUUCGCCAGCCAGACCCAAGACGCCCUCCUUGCAGCAGCAGAAGGAAAAGGAAGACUCGAACCGCUCACCGCUGCCUCAUAGUGGCUCCUCCCCUUCCCCUGCCACACCAGGAAAUAAGGACGGCGGCGAGCAGGACGAGCCCGAGGAGCUGGACUUUAUGUUCGACGAGGAGAUGGCGCAGAUGGACGGUCGGCGCAACACUUUCACCGACUGGUCCGACGAGGACACGGACGGCGAGAUCGACGACCACGACGUCAACAAGAUCCUGAUCGUUACGCAGACGCCUCCCUACCUGAGGAAGCACCCGGGCGGCGACCGCACGGGACACCACACGUCACGCGCGAAGCUCUCCAGCGAGCUGGUCAAGGUGAUCAACGACGGCCUCUUCUACUACGAGCAGGACCUGUGCGACGACACGUACGAGCCGGAGUACGCCACCAUCAAGCAAGAGGUGGAGAACUUCAAGAAGGUCCACCUGAUCAGCCGCGAAGAGUUUGACUGUCUGACCCCUGAACCACCCGUCGACCCCAACCAGGAAGUGCCCCCCGGCCCCCCACAACCCCAGCAGAUUCCAACCGACGCUUUGGCGAACAAACUUUUCGGCGCCCCGGAGCCUUCGACAAUAGCGCGAUCGCUCCCGACGACCGUGCCCGACUCCCCCAACUACCGCAGUGCCCGCACGCCCCGAACCCCGCGCACGCCUCACCGGAAGGACCCCGCCCUGACGCCACGCUUCUACCCGGUGGUCAAAGAAAGCCGGCCCGUCGAUGCCAAGACGCCAAGGAAGAGGAAGACCAGGCACAGCUCCAACCCGCCCAUGGAGUGUCACGUCGGCUGGGUGAUGGACUCCAGAGAGCAUCGCUCCCGCACCGCCUCCGUCAGCUCCAACGCCAGCCCCUCAGAGGGCACACCUGCUUUAGGUAACGUCGGCUGCACGCCGCAGUCCCUCCCCAAGUUCCAGCAUCCAUCCCACGAGCUGCUCAAGGAGAAUGGCUUCACGCAACACGUCUACCACAAGUACCGCCGACGCUGCCUCAACGAGCGAAAGCGGCUGGGCAUCGGUCAAUCCCAGGAGAUGAACACGCUCUUCCGCUUCUGGUCAUUCUUCCUGCGGGAUCACUUCAACAGGAAGAUGUACGAGGAAUUCCGGCAGCUGGUGGUGGAGGACGGGAAAGAAGGAUACAGGUACGGCUUGGAGUGCUUGUUCAGGUACUACAGCUACGGUCUGGAGAAGAAGUUCAGGCCCGAGAUCUUCAAGGACUUUCAAGAGGAGACCAUGAAGGACUACGAGGCUGGUCAGCUGUAUGGACUGGAGAAGUUCUGGGCCUUCCUCAAAUAUUCCAAAACCAAGACCUUGGAGAUUGACUCCAAGCUGCAAGAGUAUCUGAGAAAGUUUAAACGUCUAGAGGACUUCAGGAUUGACCCGCCGAUGGAGGACGGAGGUCGCAGGAGGCACUCGUCCAGCGGAGACAGCCGCCGCCGCCACCCCUCCCAUCCCUCCAGCCGCCCCCCGAGCAGCUGUGGCGCCGCCGCCAAGGACGACACAAAACCCGACCCAGACGCCAAGAUGCUGAAAUAGAGGACAGCGGCCCACACCAUCAGGUCGCUUGUCGCCGGUUCUCAAGGAGGCACCGCUUCUCUUCUUUGAUGCAUCGCAGCCCCCGCCCUGCCCCCCCCUCCACCCCAUCAAUUUUUUGUUUAGUCCAUGCUUUAAGGAACGAGGAAAAGAACCAUGGUGGUGAGUUUUGAAGCGGUUUGUCUUAACGAGGCAAAGGAGGAGGAGUCAAAGACGUCGUCUUCACCGUUAUUUUUCUUGUUUCCUUCCUCCAUCGUCAUCGCCCUGAAUUUGAUCUCAAGAUAGUUUUUUUUUUUUUUUUUUUAAGCGCCUGGGAAAGUUCUGCUGGCAUCCAAGCGGACCAAAGCGACUGCAGACCCAAAUAUUUAAUUCAGUGAACUUUUGAGAAGAGAAGACUUGAGUGUUGCCUUAUCUAAUGCUUUUUAGCGCUGGGAGGUGGGGGGAUGUUUGCCAGCAGAGGCCAAGAGGUGGCGCUGUCUGUCUUCCACGUGUUACAAGUCCCUCGCCUUUUCUCCCUCGCGGCUUUUGUUCUUCCACCAUGACUGGAUCCUCUCCAGGUGCUUCCUUCACGUCCCGCUCAUCCGAACCAUCAACUACAGUCUUGGAUUACUUGAAAAAAAAAAAAAGAAGAAGACGACGGCGUGUCAGGAGGGGGCGCCGUCGUACCUCCAUUUCCGGUGUGACGCGCACGUCGUCCAUGAUGAAGAGCGCUAAGACGACUUACUUGCCUUACAUGUACUCAACGUGCGUUUUUUUUUUUUUUUUAAGUUUCCUUCUGAUCGUUUUUUCGCUUCCAUCAGGAUCGUCCACGUGGAUUCAAAGCGACGGGAACACUAAAAGGGAACGUUAACAUCGAGGCAGCAGACAGGCGCUGUGUUUGCUCGCAACCACAAAAAGCUCAAGCGAAUUUUAUUUCAUGUUGAAAUUGGUUACAUUUCCCCCUCCCCCACCCCUUGUUUUUCUUCUUUUUUUUUUUCACGCGCUUCCGUUUGAUCGGCGCCCCCCCCACCGAGCUGCAUUUGAAGCCGCCCGCUUGGCUCUGCUUUCCAGCAGCGAAAACAACUCGCGUUUUGUUUUAAGCUGCGGCGCUGACUUCCAGUCACGUGUUUGUGACGUCACUCGUUCAUGUCGCAGCGGAUUCAGACGCUCACGUUCGAUGCAUCAAAGUGUUACGCGGAGGUAAAAAGGGGAGGGGAAAAUAAGUGUUGUUGGGGUUUUUGUUUUUUUUUUGCCACCAGGAGGCAGACUUCUCCCCAGCCUCCAGUCAGGAUGUUUCAGUUCUUCCCCCUUUUCGGACUCCUAGCGACUCUGUGCACCCGCAGCCCGAAGACGCAAAAGGAGCGAGAACAUUAUGGUUGCUUAUGAUGUCUGCAGACUGAAACAAAAACAAACAAACAAAAAAAAGGACAAACAAGUCAUAAAGCCAUACGAAUAUACUUUGAAAACACAAACUGUCUAUAAAGCGUUGGGAGUUGUUCAUUGCAUCAAAAUAUCUUAGGCUUGUCAUGAGGCAAAAAAUGUGAAAAUGACCAAAAAAGGAACAAAAAAAAAAAAGUAUAUCUAUAAAACGGGAAAAUGUAAAAUACUUGAAUGAGAUCUUGUAUGAUAACAUUUAAUAUUCACUAUCUGCUUUGUAGGCUGAUGUGAUUCGCUUAUUAGUGUCAUUUGUAAUUUGUAGUAAUUAUGCUUUUUUUUCCUUUAAUAAAAGAAAAAAAAAAUACAAAACGGACAAAAAAAACUUGAAAAGCACGCUUGGUGAGUCGGGUUUUUAUUUGCUUGGAAUACAAAUAAACACAGGAUUGCAUUGUUCAACACCUUUAGUUUUCUUUCAUUACAAACAAUUAUUAAAGUGCUGCCUAGUUAAAAAGUGCAAAACAUUAACAGGAUUACAGCAUCCUAACGGUGAGUAAACAUUUGAAAAAGCUUCCACGUUCCCAUGGUUUGAAUUGCAUUGCAGUACUAUUCACAGCCGCUAGUGGGUGCCACUUGGAUCCGGAGCUUGUCCUGCUGUAGUUUCUUGCUUUCGCCACCAGAUGGCGUGCUUGCAUGGUCAAUUAAAGGUGUUCGAUUUUCUUACUGCAUUUGUUUUAGCCGCUGCGUGAUCUUCUGCAUGAUCUAACCUGAGAUGAUGGAGGAAGUUCUGGAAUGGACGUCAGUCAGUAAUUAGGUACAACUCUUUUUUUUUUUUUUU